CAAGAAUGAGAAUUUUCAAACUUACCUUCUUGUUACUUACCAUCUUAGUGAUUCUCUCUGCUGUGGAUGUUGGUGAAUGCGGAUUCUUCAGUUUUAUCAAGAAGAUUGGAAGCAAGAUUUUGAAAGGGGCCAAAUGGGUUGUAAAAAAAGGCAUAAAAGUCGGAGAAAUAGCCACAAAGUUCGCUCCAAUUGUCGGUGCGGUAUAGUUGCAUGAGGACAUUGAUAUUUCGUGCUCGGCUGUCGAUAAAUCUUGGCAUUGUGA